GCCCUGUCCGAGGUCUGGCAUUCAGUAACAACAGUCGGGCGGCCACGGCCCGGGCGUUCCCGGCGACACCAUGCCCGCGCUCCUGGAGCGCCCCAAGCUUUCCAACGCCAUGGCCAGGGCGCUGCACCGGCACAUCAUGAUGGAGCGGGAGCGCAAGCGGCAGGAGGAGGAAGAGGUGGACAAGAUGAUGGAACAGAAGAUGAAGGAAGAGCAGGAGAGGAGAAAGAAAAAGGAGAUGGAAGAGAGAAUGUCACUAGAGGAGACUAAGGAGCAAAUUCUGAAGUUGCAGGAGAAGCUUUUGGCCCUACAGGAAGAAAAGCAUCAGCUUUUCCUCCAGCUCAAGAAAGUCUUACAUGAGGAAGAAAAACGGAGACGAAAGGAGCAGAGUGACCUGACCACCCUGACAUCAGCUGCAUACCAGCAAAGCCUGACCGUGCACACAGGAACGCACCUCCUCAGUAUGCAGGGGAGCCCUGGAGGACACAAUCGCCCAGGCACCCUUAUGGCAGCUGACAGAGCCAAACAGAUGUUUGGACCUCAAGUGCUUACUACCCGGCACUACGUGGGCUCGGCAGCUGCUUUUGCAGGGACCCCAGAACAUGGGCAAUUCCAAGGCAGCCCAGGAGGGGCCUAUGGUACUGCUCAGCCCCCACCUCACUAUGGGCCGACACAGCCAGCUUAUAGUCCUAGUCAGCAGCUCAGAGCACCGUCAGCGUUUCCUGCAGUGCAGUACCUGUCUCAGCCACAGCCACAGCCCUAUGCCAUGCACGGCCACUUUCAGCCCACCCAGACAGGGUUUCUUCAGCCUGGGGGUGCCUUGUCCUUGCAAAAGCAGAUGGAACAUGCUAACCAGCAGACUGGCUUCUCUGACUCAUCCUCCCUGCGCCCCAUGCACCCCCAGGCUCUGCACCCAGCCCCUGGACUCCUUGCCUCCCCCCAGCUCCCUGUGCAGAUGCAGCCAACAGGAAAGUCGGGCUUUGCAGCUACCAGCCAACCUGGCCCUCGGCUUCCUUUCAUUCAGCACAGCCAGAACCCACGUUUCUACCACAAGUGACCAUCAGAUUUUUAUCUUCAACCUCACCCUCAAACCAUGGAUGAGGGCUCCCCUUCUUGUGUGUCCCAGACCAAUAAAAUCUACCUGCCACUGCC